AUGGGACGGCAUUCAAUAGCAUCUGAAAUAUUCGACAAUGAGUCUAAAAUCGACUUCGGGGUGCGGGAUAGCGUCCUAUCCAUCGACGAGGUGACACCCUAUCCACCACUGGGGAGUUCAAUCCAGUUAUUCGAGAGCGAGCCUUCACCCGAAGAACAGGAAUGGCGCUUUGGCGUGCGGGAAUGGCUGGUAUUUGUAUGCAUCGUCAUUCUGUCGAUGAUGGAUUCAUUCAAUGCGACCAGCUUGAUCCCAGCAUUACCAGAACUCGCAAACACAUUCGGAAAACCUCUCGCGAGCACACUAUGGGUCAACACCGUCUACCUCAUCUUCAGCGCAGCCAGCCAACUAUACUUCACAAUGACAAGCGAAGUCUUUAGCCUCGGCCCAGUCUGGAUCAUAGCAGUCGUAUUCGCAACGAUCGGCACAGGAAUCUGCUGCGGAUCCAUGAGUCUCAUCGAACUUAUAAUCGGCCGUAUGAUACAGGGAGUCGGCGGCGGCGGCGCAAUGAGCCUCUGCUUCCUGAUAAUGGCCGAGUCAACGCCCCCAUCAAUCCAUUCCCGGUAUUCGUGCUAUAUCCUGCUAACGCGGAUGUGCGGUGCUAUUCUGGGUUCUGUUACCUCCGGUGUGUUUGUUGAUAAUACCAGCUGGACUUGGGCGUUUUAUUUCAAUUUCAUCUUUUGCGCACUGGGUUUGUUGACGAUUCCGUUUGCUGUUGACCUGCGCUUGUCGAAGAAUAUUCCGCUUCGCAAGUUACGGAUUUUGGAUUGGUCCGGUGCUACUAUGGCCUUUUUGGGUCCUGGGGCUAUUCUUGUUGGAUUGACUUGGGGCGGGAGUUUGUAUCGUUGGUCGGAGUGGCAGACCAUUGUGCCGAUUGCGAUUGGUGUUGCUGUUUUCCUUGCGCUUGUUUUUUAUGAGUCCAAGUGGGCUCUUCACCCGCUGUUUGGGAGGAGGGUGUUUCGCUCUAGGAUGAUGGUUAUGACUUAUCUCGGUUGCUUUUUGCAUGGGCUUAUGGUCUUUGCUCACUUGCAAUUCUUCCCGCUGUACUUCAUGACAACCCACUAUAUGUCUGCCACGUUGUCCGCCGUGACCUUACUAGCCAUGAUCGGGGUGGCAAUUGCUCCGGCCGCGAUUGUUGGCGUGAUCCUUGCCAGAGAGUCGAGAUGUACGCAGUGGAUCAUCUCGGGCGGUUGGAUUUUGAUUAUCCUUUCAGGGGCGUGCUCUAUUCUUUUGGAUAGCACGACGCCGGCGGUGGGAUGGGUGUUCUUGUUGUUCACAGCUGGCUUGGGUCACGGUCUUCUGCUCUCGAGCUAUAACGUUAGAGUCCAGAAUGUGCCCAAGGACGAAGACCCUUCUCUGUCGACUCAGCCAACUACCAUCUCCAAUUAUAUGAGGGCCAUGGGUAUGGCAUUUGCCGUUCCUGUCGGGGGUGCUGUGUUGUUGAACAUGUUCAGUCAUGAGUUGACAGGAAUUGGAUUGGACCGAAAUUUGGUCAAUACGGCGAAUGGAUAUCUGAUCUUGACGGACCAGGUUAGGAUGUCAAGUGAACAUAGAGAAGCCGUCAAACUUGCUUCGGUCGCGGCGUUCCGAGUGGUGUGGGAAGUCCUCACGGGCCUUGCUUUCGUUGGGGGACUUUCGUCUGUUUUCCUGUGGCGGAGGCACACGUCAGCAUAG